AUGGCCGAAGUCGUCGGUCUCGUCCUCGGCCUUGUCGCUCUGGUGCCGCAAUUGACGGCCGGCGUGAAGAUGCUCCGCCAGAUUCGCAACGCAGACGACCGCUUCCCUGUUGAAAUAGACAGGCUCGCAUGUGAUCUCGAACUGCUGGUCACGUUCGUCGAGGCGCUGGAAGAAACACCUGGCGUCACCGAGCCGGUUCUCCAGCGAUGCUGCGAGUGCUGCACGCAGAUUGCCCAAGGCCUUGACAAGGUCAGGGGCAUGGUCUCUUUGGUGACGACGGGCAGCAAAAGCAAGAGAGUCAUUAGGAAGAUCACGGGCUUGCCGGGCUUGCGAACCGCCGUCGAGGCUCUGCAGCAGAGUGUGACUAGAGCACAAAUGACCAUGAUGAUGUACGUCAAGUCCCGCAGCGGACGAUAA